GAGCGAGCUGUCCAUCGGUGCACAGCAGAGAGAGCACCCCCACCCCCCACCCUCGGUCUUUGUUUUUGGCGACCCCCCCUUAUCUUUUAGACCAUAAGAUUAUUUCUUUCCGACUUCAGCUACAGUGAUAGCUAAGUUUGGAAAGGAGAAAAGGGGAGAAUCGCGGUGUUUUCUUUAUUUUUUCUUGUUGUUAACGCUCGUGUAACCGGGGUUGACCUCCAUAACAUUACAAAAGAUUAGCUAUUAAAGAAGAAAAAUUCCUGGUUAUUUCUUCGUGUCUGCCGUUUGAACAGCUUUGAAAUGGACAACUCUGGACCUAAGAAGACAUGCUGCGGAUCCAUCCAAGAUUUCUUCACUUCAGCGAAAUUCCUUAUUUACAUGGGCCAUGCGCUGUCAACAUGGGGUGACCGAAUGUGGAAUUUUGCUGUGGCUGUGUUCCUGGUGGAGCUGUAUGGGAACAGCCUGCUGCUCACGGCGGUGUAUGGGCUGGUGGUGGCCGGCUCUGUGCUCCUGCUGGGGGCCAUCAUCGGGGACUGGGUGGACAGGAAUCCCAGACUCAAAGUGGCCCAGACUUCACUGCUUGUCCAGAACAGUUGUGUCAUCGUGUGUGGGGUCCUUCUGAUGGUUGUUUUCCAGUUCAAAGAACAGCUUGUGGAGCUUUACAAUGGAUGGAUUCUGACAACCUGCUACAUCCUGGUCAUCACCAUCGCUAACAUCGCCAACCUGGCCAGCACGGCUAUGUCCAUCACCAUCCAGAGGGACUGGGUGGUGGUUGUGGCGGGUCAAGAUAGCAGCAAGCUGGCAGACAUGAAUGCCACGGUGCGGAUCAUCGACCAGCUGACCAACAUUCUAGCUCCCAUGUUAGUGGGUCAGAUCAUGGCUUUUGGCUCCCACUUCAUCGGCUGUGGUUUCAUUUCUGGCUGGAACCUGUGCUCCAUGUGCGUGGAGUACGCGCUCCUGUGGAAGGUGUACCAGAAGACGCCGGCGCUGGCCGUGAAAGCCGGGCAAAAGGAGCAGCAGCAUGAGCUCAAACAGCUCAGCCCUUCAAGAGAUAUGGAGAGCGGCCAAAGUCCUGAAGAGUCGUCUCAGCCGCUGAUGAACGAGACGGCAGCAGUGCCCAGCUCCGACUCUCCCAAGCAGCAGGGCUGUUGCUACCAGGUGGCCGAGCCCCUGCGCACCUUCAAGGCCGGCUGGGUGGCCUACUACAACCAGAACAUCUUCUUCGCCGGCAUGUCCCUGGCCUUCCUCUACAUGACGGUGCUCGGCUUUGACUGCAUCACCACGGGCUUCGCCUACACGCAGGGCCUCAACGGCUCAGUGCUCAGCCUCCUGAUGGGGGCUUCAGCCAUCGCAGGCAUCUGCGGCACCGUCGCCUUUACUUGGGUUCGCAAGAAAUGCGGCUUGAUCCGCACCGGCUUCAUUUCGGGCAUAGCCCAGCUCUCCUGCCUCAUACUGUGCGUCAUCUCCGUCUUCGCUCCGGGAAGCCCCUUCGACCUCAGCGUCUCGCCCUUUCAGGAGCUUUACACCCACCUGAUCGGAGAGAAGGCCCUGCCAGAGGUGGACCACAGCCUGACCAGCAUUCUGACCGGAGGCAACACCACUACGGCGGCGCCGGCUGAAGAGGUGCCUCCUCUGCAGUCCUACAUGUCUGUCAGUUUGCUGUUUGCUGGCGUCAUCGCUGCUAGAGUCGGCCUGUGGUCCUUCGACCUGUCAGUGACCCAGCUCAUCCAGGAGAAUGUGAUCGAGUCGGAGCGAGGUGUGAUCAACGGCGUCCAGAACUCCAUGAAUUACCUCUUAGACCUGCUGCACUUCAUCAUGGUGAUUCUGGCUCCGAACCCAGAGGCCUUUGGCCUGCUGGUCAUCAUCUCUGUCUCUUUUGUGGCCAUGGGUCACAUCAUGUAUUUUCAAUUUGCUUUCAAGAGCCUGGGCAGCCGCCUCUUCCUCUGCUGCUCGCCGGAGCAGAAGGUGGAGACGGAUGACAGCCCCUCACUUCCGACCACCGUCUAAACCCAUUAAAGAGACUCCAUCCUAGGGGCUUUCUUUCCAAACCUAACCUUGCUCUGCAUCUUAUGUACCCAUCUAACAUCGUUGCUUGUAGCUGGCAGAAUGCUAACACUAACCAGAGUUUUAACAAAGCAUUCAUCAUUAGCAGAGAUGAGAUAACCGCUUCCAGUCGCAGGAAACUAACCAGUGUGUAACUUUAGAAAAGGCCAGUUUCCUGUAACGUUUCCAGUCAGGAAGUCAGAGGAGAGCUUCUGCCUUUUAUCUUAGGAUUCACACGAGCACGUAGCAUCAAACAAGGAUCCGUCACCUUGAGUUGUAACAUCAGGGGAUGCAGCACUGUAACAUUCUCCUCCUGCUGGUCUGAAUUUUGGUGCUUCAGCUAACAAACCAGCAGAAUGAGGGAGAAGACUUUGCAGGCAAGCAGAUGCUGAGGCGCGAAUUAAAGACGACUGUCUGAAAACCAAGAAGACAGACAGAAACUUGCUUCUCAGUGAGCUCAUUGGUGCUGCAUCUCUUCAUGCUUCUCUGAUAGCAUUCUGUUGGUUGCAUCAGCUUACAUGCUGUACAUACAUAUAUAUACAUAUAUAGUAUAUAUAGAUACUAGUAUGAUUAGCAGGUUGUGGAUGUCUUCAAAAAUAGAAAAGGGGGGAUUUUUUAUAUUUAACCAAACACAAAAUGGGAUCUAGUCUCUUUAAUAUUGGUUAUAAGGGUUACGCAUUUAACUGUAUUUAUUCAGCAAAUUCAGACGGUGGUUUUUAUACAACUUUGUCAUCAGUAUUGUGUUUCUUGCUUUUGUGCCAUAUGAGACAUAUGACAACUCCUAUGCACCAUAGUAAUAACAGCUCUCAGUGACCAAAGUACAAGUCCAUUUGCAUGGUGUAAAAGGAAGUGAGGGAAAGCAGUUCUCUGUCUGAAUCAUUCCAAAUAUAUAUUUACAUCUGCUGGCAGUCGUAAAAACUUGACUUCAUCUGAAUAUUUUAACCCACGAGGAGAUUGUACUUAAAUUUAGCUUAUCUGCUAGUUUAAGCUAAUGGUUUAAUUGUUUCGUCGCUGUUUUGAUUUUCAUGUUUGAGUUCUCUUAGAGUGAUUUUUUUUCUGUUGUGAUUGUCGUUACUCAGGCACUUUAAGUGAUUGACAUCUGUCAUUACACACAUCUAAAGCGUGAUCAGGUAUAGUUCAUUAUGUUUUGCACAAGGCUGAAGUCCUGAAACCUUCAGUCCCAGCCCCAGUCUGCACAAUCUCAUUUCAGUCAUGCGUCGUCUGUGAGAGGAUUGUGGGUUUAAAAGAAAGGAAAAAAAUCAGCUAGAUGUCUGAGUCAGCACCCCUUAUCUUACGCUUUAUAACUCAGUCAUGGUUUUUGCUGCCGUGAGCUUCAUCAGAUACUGACUUUUACCCAAAGUUCAGCCCGUUUUGCUUAAAUCUUUAGCUUUUUAAAUCUAGUGUAGUCUUAGACUAGUUUGUGGCUUUGUGUUUGCAUGCUGUUUUGGAUAACCUACUGAUAGAACUUGGAAGUUGCAUCAGAGCAAGUAAGGAAAACCAGGAAAAUUUGCCUCCAAGUUCAAAAUUUUUCUUUAAAAUCUACCUAAUGUAGCUUUAUCCACUUUCUGACAAAAACUUUCAACGCCUUGUUAAAAAUUUUGCCUUGACAGCUGCUUAACGCACAUGUUCGGAUCACAGUCUAGCCAAGUUUUCAGUCCUGUUAUUUGGUCUGGAAACAGAAGCAGACACACCAGAUGUAGGAGAACAGAGGGCCCACUUUGAGCGGACGGCCGUGAGUCAGGAUGUCUGCACGAGGUGCAGACUUUCAUGCACAACCCGUCUUUGUAACAUCAUUUUGAAGCCAGUCUGGGCAUGGAAAAAAAAAAAAGCAGCUCAUUGAAUGUCACUCUGCUGAUUCAGGAACAUCACA